AUCAUACCAUAAGUACCAACCUUCAGCUUCGUUAUCUCGUUGAUCUUGCUUGCUCCUCGUGUGUUUUUGUGAUGGCGGAGGAUAAAGCUAUAAAGAAAGCAGCCCAAGACUCCAUUUCACGCAAUAAUCACACUCUAUCGGAAGCCCUACAAAGUUCUUCAACUAUUUUUCAGCAAGUAGUCGAGAAAUGUGCCGCACAGAAGAUCAUAUCACCGGGAGAGAAGAACACUUACCUUGAUACUUUUACUGGGCAGUCUUUAGCGCACAGAACGAGCCAGCUCGUUUCAAAUCUUCAGAAAACAGUUGGUGUGGUGCCCAAUACGCUGGAUGAUAUCCUCUGUAUAUUUCACGAAAGUGAAAAUCUUGUUGUCCAGGAAGCAGCUAAAACUAUAGCAAAGGAUUAUCAAUUCAGUUUGCCUAAGUAUAGAGGUCUCACUUGCUCUCAACAACAGCCUUCACCUCCUCCAGCAGUAGCUUAUACUGGAACAAGACCAGCAAGACAAGCAUCUCAGAGUACACUGACAAUCAGAAAUCUAAAAGAUGUGCUCAAUGAUCUGAGGGAUGGAGAUUUUAAUGACAGAAGCUGGCAUAGUCUUGGAGUGGAGUUAGGAUUACGCUCUCGUACUCUGAACAAUAUCAAAUCGGAUAAUUCUGAAGCUGAAGCAUGUCUCAAGGCUUGCAUUUCAAAAUGGUUGAGUAGGACGGACGAUGUUGAUGAUAAUGGAGGAGCAAACUGGAGCACAUUGUGUAAUGCAAUAGAAAGGAUCAGUGAAACAGGAGCUCAUUUUAUCAGAGACCGACACAAUAUAAUGACAUCGCAACCAGUUGAGCAAAUAAAUUAUCAAGACCAUUCUGAGCCAUCGCCAAUUACAGGUACUAUGUAGUUUAUGCAUGUACAUGUAUU